CUGUCCGGUACACAGAGCUCUCGGGUUGGCUGUGAAUUACUGGAAAUACUUAUGUUAAUUAAUUAAUAAUCAUAGAAUGGGGCAGUCUUUUUAUUGCGCAAUAUGGACGAGGACAAACUAUGAAAUGGAAAUUUGCAGCACUUUUGUUUUUUUAUGUCAAACGUGGAGCUUUAUUUCUUGGAUGAACCAGUGAUCUUUAUUUUUGCUUCACCUGGAGCGCACAGUCCGCCUUGGUCAGAGAGAUGCCCUCGCUGUCCGGGAGGAUGCUUUGAAUUUCAUUAAGGUUUUUUUGUUUUCCAACAUUAUACCCGGGAGGACGUCGGAGGGAUAUUCCUGAAUUCAUCUGGACUCGUUGCGCAUUGCGUAAUUGGCUAAGAAAUGCGCGUGUUCUUCAGACAGGCUGCACAUAAUGUUGGGAAUCAUCUCUGUGUAUGUUGUAAACGCAAGAGAAACAAGGAUGAGCGUGUCUAGCAUGCUUGGGCAAGGCCGGGUUCAGAUGCUGGUGGCGCUCUGUUGGCUGUUUUUGGUUGCGGCACAGAGCAGAGCAGUUUCCAGAUGCGUGGACCAUGCCUGUAGUCCACCCAUUGGGAACCUGGCCAGCGGCAGGACUCUUACCACCCUCUCAAGCUGCUGUGGGAACAGCUCCCUUCACCAGUGCUCUUAUCCCCACCCUCCUGUGCCCCCUCACCUCUGUCCUGAGGACAUUCACCCACCUGUUCACAUGACUGACGACCCUUUCUUGCAUCCUCAGACCUGGUGGGCAUCAGGUGCAGGUACCACCGUGCAGGAGCCACAGGACGAAAUCCGGUUGGAUCUGGAAACACAGUUCUGUCUGUCCCACGUGGUUUUGGUGUUCAGGUCUCCCCGGCCAGCUGCCAUGGCCAUUGAACGUUCACGCGACUUUGGGAAGACCUGGGAGACUCUUAAGCUCUUUGCAUACAAUUGCAGCUUAGAGUUUGGUUUGUCUGAUGAUUUUAGUCAGCCAAGCUCUUUGUGCACAUCUCGUUACACUCGUGCUGAACCCUGCAGUGGUGGUGAGGUGAUAUUACGGACACUAGAUCCCAGCACUGCUAAAACACUGGACCCUUACAGUCCAGAGGCCCUCACCCACCUCACCCUCACUAACCUCCGCAUCAGACUGCUAAAAGCUCAGACUUGUCCUGCACCUCUGAACCCCCCGACAGACUGGGCAAGCCCCACAGCCUCAGCUCUGACCUCUGCAUCCAUUACAGAAAACUCAGCUUCAGCACCUUAUGCUAUUUAUACUUUACUGGCCAGAGGGACCUGCCUGUGCCAUGGACAUGCUGAGCAUUGUGUACCAUACAACAGCAGCCAAGAUGCAGGACAGGACAAUGACAUGGUGUCUGGUAGGUGUCUGUGCACUCACCACACAGCAGGGGAUCACUGUGAGAAGUGUGCCCCGCUCUACAAUGAUCGUCCCUGGAGGCCCGCCAACGGCAGCAGCGGAGAGCCGAACCCGUGCCAGAAGUGCGAGUGCCACGGUCACGCAGACACCUGUCACUUCUCUCAGCGAGCCUGGCUGUCAUCCGGUGGCACCAGUGGAGGGGUUUGUGAUGGCUGCCGACACAACACUGUCGGGCGCAGGUGCCAGCGCUGUCGUCAUGGCUACCACCGCCACCCAUCUUGGCCCCUAAGCUCCCCCCACACCUGCACACGCUGCUGGUGUGAUCCACAGGGCUCUUUGCCUCCUCGUCCUGAAGAGGAGGGACCCUGGUGCCACCCUAGGAGUGGGCAGUGCCGUUGUAAAUCAGGUGUAGGGGGCACAAGCUGCAGCCACUGUCUGCCUGGCUACUGGGGUUUUGGAGAGGACGGCUGUAAACCCUGUGCCUGCCGUCACAGCUGUGAUCCAACCACUGGGCAGUGCCAGGACAGCUACACAAAUAAUCAGGUGUUUAAUGUGCCUAUUGGUGGAAAAAUCCCUGAUCUGGAUGAAGAAGAGGUACAGUGGUCAAAGGAGCUUGCAGUCUCUGCUAUGCAUUAUACAGGAAAGUGCAGCUGUAAGGAGAAGAAGCUGAGAAGUGCGUCUGACCUCUGUAAAACUAAACACGACUAUGUGAUAAAGGCCAGUGUGCUGUCUGCUCAUGACAAAGGAAGCCACGCAGAGGUUCAGGUCAAAGUUCGCAAGGUCCUUCGAUCAGGCCAGGUGGCACUGUACCUGGGGACAAUCAGCAUCUAUCCUCUGUCCUGGACCAGCCGCGGCUGCACCUGUCCCGUACUGAACCCAGGUAUGGAGUACCUGCUUGCAGGCCCAGAAGAGGCUGGAACAGGGCGUUUGCUGGUCACCAUGCAAAGUGUAGUGGUCCCCUGGACACCUCGCCUGGGUCUGCUUAUAUCAGAGGGCCUGAGGAAUGGAUGUCCAUGAGCUGUGUGACCUGAAAAGGCGGGACACACUUAAGAGAAUUUCACAGGGACCUUCAUGAGUCAGAGGAUGAUUCAGAAAAAGGACUGGAAAUUACUGGACAACUUAUUGUCAUUAAGGGCAAACUCAUAGUCACUCUAGAGGAGAGGUACUCACCAUGUGCGGGUGUGUGACACAAAACAGAGAAUGAAAUGAAUACU